CGGGGGCGUUGCACGGAAGAGAGGACGAAACAGGAAAAAGAGAGGGCCGCACACACACGUCACUUGGGGAAGCUGAACACGUUGGGCAAUGUUUAAUUCCCACAAUUAUCUAUUCACCCCGGUUCCCGUUUAUGACCGCGGAGCCGUCACGGCUCGAAGUGCGACUUCCUCUCGGGUGCGCGUCACCCCCGUCGCCCGCAGGGGAGCGCUGACACUGUCACACCGCCGCUGAACUUCCCGUCAAGACGCGGCGCGGCGCGGCGCGAGAAGACCUGCUUCUGCAGAGGGAGAAAAGCGGAACGACACAGCGGGGGCUUGCGACGAGGAGAGGACACGCUUGAGUCCUCAAGGCGUCUGGCCACAGAAAGGGUGCCAUUGUCCUCCAGCUGGGGGGCGGGCGGGCGAGCAGAGGCGGUUGCUGCUACUCUGCUAAUUAGCCUGCCUUGGGUCCCUGCAGAGAGGAGAGCAGGGCUGCUAGCUUGCAACGAGCAGGGUCCGAGAAGGAGCCGCUCUGCACAUUCCCUCCACGAUCGGGACGUCUCUCCUGUUGACUUGUUUGACUGCUAAUGAUGGGGUCCUUCAGCGGAUAAGCGCCCCCUCCCACUCUUCCGCCUAUAACCCCGCCGUCGCACCCUGGCUCGGAUUCGCCCCUCGGGCGCUGUCCUCGCAGGGGGGUAACGGGUUCUGCAUCGCCCCGGCGGGAGCUCACUACAGGCGGCGUUUUUAUUUUUUAUUUUUUUUUGGUCCGUGUGACCCUCGGCCCGCCCCGUCCUCGCGCCUCUCGGGACCCUCUCUGUCCCUAACCCGAGUGGGAACAUGGCAGGGAACCUGAAGAAAGGUGGGGGGAUCAUUGGAAUGAUGAAGGAUGCCUUCCAGCCACACCAUCACCACCUCCACUCCCAUCACCAGCCCGGGGCCGUGGACAAGAAGACCGUGGAGAAAUGCUGGAAGCUGAUGGACAAGGUGGUGCGGCUGUGCCAAAACCCCAAACUGGCUCUGAAAAACAGCCCCCCUUACAUCCUCGACCUGCUGCCAGACACCUACCAGCACCUGCGCACCAUCCUGUCUCGCUACGACGGCAAAAUGGAGACCCUGGGAGACAACGAGUACUUCCGGGUCUUCAUGGAGAACCUGACCAAGAAGACCAAGCAGACCAUCAGCUUGUUCAAGGAGGGCAAGGAGCGCAUGUACGAGGAGAAUUCGCAACCCAGGCGGAACCUGACCAAGCUGUCGUUGAUCUUCAGUCACAUGCUAGCGGAGCUGAAAGCCAUCUUCCCCAAUGGCUUGUUUCAGGGUGACAACUUCCGCAUAACCAAAGCUGAUGCUGCAGAGUUCUGGAGGCGCGCCUUCGGGGACAAAACCAUUGUGCCUUGGAAGGUGUUCCGUCAAUCUCUCCACGAGUUUCAUAACAUCAGCUCCGGCCUGGAGGCCAUGGCCCUCAAAUCCACCAUAGACCUCACCUGCAACGACUAUAUCUCGGUGUUUGAGUUCGACAUCUUCACCCGGUUAUUCCAGCCUUGGUCAUCCCUGCUGCGAAACUGGAACAGCUUGGCUGUUACUCACCCAGGGUACAUGGCCUUCCUCACAUACGAUGAGGUCAAAGCUCGGCUGCAGAAAUUCAUCCACAAGCCUGGCAGUUAUAUCUUCCGACUGAGCUGCACUCGACUGGGCCAGUGGGCCAUCGGCUACGUGACAGCCGACGGGAAUAUUCUCCAAACCAUCCCCCAUAAUAAACCCCUCUUCCAGGCCCUAAUAGAUGGUUUCAGAGAAGGCUUCUAUCUGUUUCCUGACGGCCGGACUCAAAACCCCGACCUGACGGGACUGUGUGAACCUUCACCUCAAGACCACAUUAAAGUCACACAGGAGCAAUAUGAGCUGUACUGUGAAAUGGGCUCCACUUUCCAGCUCUGCAAAAUCUGCGCUGAGAAUGACAAAGAUGUGAAGAUUGAGCCCUGUGGUCAUCUCAUGUGCACCUCCUGCCUCACUGCCUGGCAGGAGUCGGAGGGUCAGGGAACGGGAUGCCCCUUCUGUCGUUGUGAGAUUAAAGGUACAGAACCGAUUGUUGUAGAUCCUUUCGACCCCAAAGACAACAGCGGGGGCUCCAGUCGGGGCACCAUGGGGGCAGAGGGAGCUCCGUCACCAAGCUAUGAUGACGACGAUGAUGACAGACUUGAAGACCCCCACCUGGUGAUGAGCAAGCUUGCUGGCUCAAAGGUGGAGCGCCCCCCGUCGCCCAUGUCCAUGGCUCCCCAGUCAUCUCUUCCCCCAGUGCCUCCGAGACUUGACUUGUUACCACACAGACCUCCAAACCCCCCUGGUGCCUCCAGUCCAGGGGCCACCAGUAAGGCAGCAUCACAUCACAAAGACAAGCCUCUUCCACUGCCUCCUGCACUGCGGGACCUCCCCCCUCCUCCUCCUCCAGACAGACCCCACACAGUCGGGGCGGCUCCCGAAUCUCGGCAUCCGAGACGGCCCCUACCCUGCACUCCAGGGGAGCCCCUGCGAGAUAAGCUCCCCCCCGCACCUCCCAACCGUCCACUGUCCGACUGGAACUCCAGACCCGUUCCCAAAGUCCCCACCCCCUCACCCUCCACAUCUUCGCCAUCCUCCUCAUCCACCCAUGCGUCCAGUCUGGGAGUGGACCGACCGGGUGUCAGGGAGCUCUCCAACAGACACUCCCUCCCCUUGGCGCUGCCCUCUGCCCUGGACAACCGCUCGGACUCGCAGAAGAACAACAGCUCCCUCAGUCUGGACCACCAGCUGAGUUUUGCUGCAAUAGUCUCUCAAGACUACGACUGCCCCAAAGUGAAAUCGUCAUCUUCAUCCAACGCCAUCUAUACGCUGGCAAACAGACCGUCUCCAGGUUUGAGGCAAGUGACCGGAGAGGAGGCCUGCGACAGUGAGGAAGACUCAGAGUAUAUGAUUCCUUCAUCUCGCCCCAUCGCGCUACCACCGAUACCGGAUACCUUACAAGUCCAAAGGCCCCCACAGCCUCCUGCCCUGGCAGCUCUCCAGGCAGAGAAUCACGUCCCCACCCUCAACUCACGGCUCCCACUAGGAGCAGAGGAUGGGCCCAUAUUGCAUGAAGCCAUGUACAACAUCCAGCCGAGGUUACAACAAGCCAGGGAUUCAGAUUACUCAGAGUUGCCUCCUCUGCCGAUCACCAAUGGGCCCAGAGACCACACAGCAGAUGACCAAGAGGAAGAGGAUAAUGGCUACGACUUCCCAAAGCCCCGGCUACCGCAGCCUCCUGCUCGGCGGACCCUUUCAGAAAUGGGGGGGUCUAUGUCGUCAUCUUCAUCCUCCUCAUCGUCAUGCUCAUCCACUUUGGCCGCCUUCAGCCGCCUCUCCCUAGAUUCAGACCUUGGAGCUGCAGCUGCCGUUUUAGAGCCAGCCGAAGCGCCGGAGAGGCCGCCGAAGCCCCUGCCCAGACGGAUCAACUCGGAGCGCCGCCACAGCCCCGUGCCGCCCGUCCCCAGCCUGCCCAGCAGCGUGGCGCCGGGCGGCGAGGCGAACCCCCUGAUCAGCAGCGAGAUUGAGCACCUCAUGAGUCAGGGAUACUCCUACCAGGACAUCCAGAAAGCUCUGAUGAUUGCACAGAACAAUAUAGAAAUGGCCAAGAACAUCCUGCGUGAGUUUGUCUCUGUUCCCUCCUCCGCCCACAUCCUCACAUAGCAGACUGCGGCGCACGCGUCUCGCAGUUUGCUCUCUCUUUUUUGCCCUAGCUUGGCCCAGCCUGGUUUGGUUUUGGUUGGCACAGAUCAACCUGAAAAAGCCCACUGCCUUCCAGGCCUACGUAAAGUGCUGGCUGACACCCCCCCCCCCCCCCCCCCCCCCCCCUUCCCCCAUGUGGUUCCUGACCUGGCUGUCUCCCAGUAAGCUCACAGUAUCUGCAGGAAUCUGCGCCCUGCACUCCAUGCGCUUUCCAAAGUGUUGCGCCUUUUUUUUUUUUUUUUUUUUUCCGUUUUUGGUUUCAUCUCCUCAGGACCGCCUGGACGCAGCGACCCGAGACUUUCAUAGGAAUCCGACAAAAACUCUCAUCUUUCAUGUUGAAGCCUCUCGCUGAAAAUAUAAUCAGCGCCUCACAAGUAAAAACUAAAAAAAAAAAUAAAAAAAAUGUAUGUCUAUAUGAGAAUUUAAUAUAUGAGUAUAUAUUAAAUGUGUGUAAUAUAUACAGUACGUGCAUAAAUAAUAUGUGAAAAUGGUUCAGCUCGGAGGGUUGCUGUUGGUACCACUGUAGGGGGGGGCGGGGGCGGGGAAGGAUGAGGAAGGACAAAUCGGACGUCUUCCUCACCAGGAUGUGUUAGUCAGCAGCAGCAGCAGCACCUUGGAAAAUGUGCAACAGAGCUUUUCAUCUUGACUUCAGUCUGAUACGGCCUUUAAUGAGACGUUGCUUUGGUACUUUUUUUUUUUUUUUUUUUUUUCCAACAGACAAACGGCGUGUUCUGUUGUUUUUAUUUGUAGCAUGAUGAUGGUUUCAGGUCUGGACAUGUUGCUGGCUGCUUGUGUGUUUCGUGUACGUGAGCAUGGUUGUCUGCGUGUGUGUGUUUGCCAGACUUUUUACUCCCACUCAUCCUGCUCAUAGAUGAUGCCACCCACGCACCCACCCGCCCCCCCCCUCCCUCCUUCUCCUGUUUGCCUCAACAUGAAUGUGUACUCCGGUCCACGUACUUGGACUCGCGCUCUGUAAAUGUACUACUGCUCUAAGUUAUAAGGCAGGGCCUGGCGUGGCUGUGGAGACUCUCAGAGGAACGCGUCCUGCAGCUACCGGACAGGCCGGUUGUCGUGUGAUCUGUGGUGGCUGACAUGUUUUCUUUUCUGUCGUCUGAACUCACUGGCUGGUCCGGGUUUCUUGUCUCCAGUCGAGUCCAGUGUUACAAAACAAGACGAAAAAAUAAUUGAUUUACUUUGGUAAUAUAUUAUUGUUAUAAGAUCCUAAAUAUUGUUGUUUAUAAUUAAUUCAGAAGUGUUUCACUGCUGCUAUUAUUGUUAGUGCUAAACAAUUAAAGCCUUAAAUGUACAUUUUGUGAA